CGAGUGUCGAAUACCGAAAUUACGUCACAGAGCGCAGACAAUAAUAUUUUGGUCACAAGCGCAAUAUUUUGAUUUGUCGGUUGCCGAUCGGUAUUCUGCGCAAUUGUCCCAAACAAGUACUACUACGCAUACAACAUCGUGUACUGUACUGUUCUUUGGUACGACUAUUAUAGUGUACGUUUGUGUGUACGUGCGUAUCCUGCCGUCGUCCGAUAACUGCGUCGUCAGCGGAGACUGAAGUAGAGACCCCACUGGUCACUGACUAUACAUACCGACGACAGUUUCAUUCACUCGAGAUUUUUUCGUUUUAGUUAAAACAUAAAAAAAAAAACAUGAGUGAAAUGAAUGAAAAGGACAUACCUGUUUCUCAGCUUAGUCAGCUUCAAAUCCAAUGGCCUCAAUCGCCUCCAGCUACAGUACCACAACCAAUGGGUCCUAGUAGUACACCAACUUUAUGCUCUGCAUGCGGCAAUCACAUUUAUACAAGUACAUCUAAGAAAGCUAAAUCUUCUGCAUGGUGGAGUUGUAUACUGAUGUGCAUUUUUUGUUGUUGGUGUGGAUGCUGUCUUAUUCCUUGCUGCAUGGACUCUUGCAAUGUUGUCAACCACAAGUGCCCAAAAUGUGAUGCAUUUUUGGGACAGUACAGACCAUAAACUAAAAUACAACAGUAUAGUUUAAACCAACAUUUUUGUAUUACUACUAUUAUUAUUAAUUAAAAACGACAGUUGAAUAAAAGUGUUAUCAAUUUUCAUA